GAAUUCUCCGUCGAUUUUAAUCGUAACGUCGUUUCACGGGAAUCGAUUCCCGUCUUCACCACCCUGAGGAGCAUGGCGGAUGCGGUGUCGGCGUUGCUCGCUCGCCUCGGAGGCUGCGAAGACCGAGCCGAGGCACUGCUGAGCCUCAAGACGGCCGUGUUCGCCUCGCAGCCCUCCACACUCGCCGGCGUCAGCCUGGAGCCACUCUUCGAGAUCCUCGACUGCGGGGAUAGGGAGCACACGGAGCUCUGCUGCGCCGUGCUGGAGCGGGCUCUGCACCCCGAGCAGCCUCAGCGUCUCCUCGCCGCGCAUCGCCACAACCUCACCCGGGGCCUGCUGCACCCGCACGAACUCGUCCGCCUGCUCUCCCUCACUCUGAUCGAGAGGAUCGUGGGAGACACGUCGUGCGUCGGGGACAUCGCGAGCCAGCCGGAGCUUCUCUCGCAUGUCAUCGAGUGCAUCCGGGACGACACCACGUCCGUGGCCACCCAGGCCGUCCGCUGCCUGGUGCGCGUGGCCGCGGCCCGGGAGGGCCUCCAAGCGCUCUUCACCGGCGCCCUCCUCGCUAAGCUCAACGGCGUCAUGGCGACCAGCGACGUCGUACGCUACCGCGUGUACGAGCUGGUGGUGGAGAUUGCGGGAGCGUCGUCCACGUCGCUGCGCUACUGCGACGAGGCCGGGUUCAUCUCCCGCCUCGUCGCCGAGCUGGUGGGCAACGACGUGCUCAUCCGCGCGACGAGCGCAGAGACGGUGAGCGGCCUGGUUCGCACUCCGCACGGCCGCCACCACCUCCUCCACGCCGGCAUCGUGGACCGGAUCGCCGGGCUCCUGCAGGACGCGCACAGCGACCCCUUCUGCGACCUCUACCUCCCCGGUCUGGUGAAGUUCUUUGCCCGGCUGGCGGUGCUGGAAGGGCCCGAGGCGCUGUGCGAGCGCUACCCUCCAUUCCUCGCCGCCGUCUCCUCCAUGCUGCUGGGCCCGGAGCCCGGCCUCAACUCCGUGGCUCUCGACACCAUCGGACUCAUCGCCCGCUCCGCCGAGGGCAAGCGAGUGCUCGGCAAGGAGGGCAUGCAGUUCCCACAGCUGCUCAAGAGGAUGGGGAACCUGAUGCAGAAUUCUCCCACAGAGAUGCGGGCACGAUGCUUGGAUACCAUCGCAGCCGUGCUGUCCGUGCCGGAGGGCGAGGGUGAGGAGGCGGUGGAGGUGAGUGAGCGGUGGUUCUGGGCCCUCGCCCCGCGCCCCUUCGAUCUCCUCCGCGGGAUCUGCACCCAGCCCUUCCCCGAGCUCCACUGCAGCGCCCUACUCGUCCUCACGGCAAUCGCAGGGCAGCCGUGGGCCCAGCGCCUCAUGUCGGACUCCCCGGGCUUUGUCGAGUUCCUCACGGACCGCUCGCCUGGGCCCGGCAAGGAGGCGCGCGAGGCCCGGCACGCGCUGGUGCGGGCGCUGGCCGAGUCGGCCGCGGCCCCUGGGACCCUGGGGGGCCCCGCGGUGCUGAGACUGCGAGCGCAUGCGCGGGAGGGGCCGCACCACGUCCGGGCGGAGGCGCGCAUCGUCGCCGUGGAGGGCGCCGAGUGACGAGCUUCUAUGGAGGAGGAGGCUCGUGAAAGAUGCUACUACUGGGCAGUUGGAGGCAGUCGCCCUCCAGCAACAACGGAGGGCAGAGGAGCGACGCUCACAACAACGAGCGGAGCGCCGGGCGGCUAAAACGCAGCAAGUUGCCACAGUGGCGGGCACGGGUGGUUCAUCGGCCACUCGUCUCAGUCAGUCGACCCGUGGCACCUGAAUCUGUCCCAUGACCUCCUUUUAGCGAGCCUUCGACACUUCACGUGGUCUCAAAGCCCACCGAGCCUGGCACAGGCACCGUGGCGGUUGUUAUUAUUAUUAUUGGUGGGGAUGGCGAUGAUGGGGAUGAUGGAGAUCUCAUCUCGGCGAAAACCGUCGGUGCCCCCGCCCCUCCGUGCCUCCUCGCUUGCCCAACGCGUUCAACCUCCGCCACAUCCCACGGCCGUGCCACAGUCGGCUCCGCUUUUGCAAUGCUGGUCGGAUCAAUGUGUGUACGGGUAGCUCCGUACGGUGCGAAAGGAAGUUCAACAUUCAUACUACCCAAAGACUCAACACUGCCCAUAGACCUCCACACUGCCCAUAGACUCAACACUUCCCAUAG